AUGGACAAUCACAUCAACAAUGAUCACACCGGUGAGAAGAAGGAGUUUGUGUGUCGCUGGGAGGAGUGUUCACGGGAGCAGAAGCCUUUCAGCCAGUACAUGUUGGUGGUCCACAUGAGAAGACAUACGGGAGAGAAGCCGCAUAAAUGCACAGUAAGAACUUCAUAUUCUGGCUGCUCCAAAGCUUACUCUCGCCUGGAGAACCUCAAGACCCACCUCAGGUCCCACACUGGGGAGAAGCCUUAUGUGUGUGAGCAUGAAGGCUGCAAUAAGGCCUUCUCCAAUGCCUCAGAUCGGGAGCACCAAAACCGCACACAUUCAAAUGAGAAACCAUAUGUGUGUAAAAUCCCGGGCUGUACCAAACGCUACACGGACCCAAGCUCUCUCAGGAAGCAUGUAAAGACAGUCCAUGGACCCGAAGCUCACGUCACCAAGAAACAGCGAAGUGACGCUCCUCCUAGACUACAGCCACCCAAAGGCAACGGGGAGAAUGAGGCAAAUUCCAAGCAUGGUGCAAGAGGCGUGGAUGGCAAAAUUGAAGCAAACAACACCUCUAGAGGAGUGGAAGACUGCUUGCAGGUCAAAUCUAUCAAGACGGAGAAUUCAGUGACAUAUCAGUCCAGUCCUGGCGGCCACUCGUCAUGUAGCAGUGAGCCGUCACCUCUUAGCAGUGCCAACAACAACGACAGUGGGGUAGAGAUGGCCAUGCACAGCGGGGGCAGCUUCGGGGACAUCAGUGCGCAGGAUGAGUGCCCCAUGGUUGACUCCACUGUUCCCACUGGGGGUCAGCAGGCUGGGGUGGGACUUCAACUGAGGAAAGCUGCAGGUCAUGGUGGCGCAGUAACCAUUAAGCUGGAAAACAUAAAGAGGGAAAAGCUAAAGACAGUAAGGGACUCCUGCUCCUGGGUUAACUCGGCACCACAGCCGCCACAGGGACAACGCAACAGCAUGAAACUGCCUCCCAUACCUGCAGUCGGUUCCCUGCUUGAAAGCUCCAACAUAAUGAGCAACUUGAGUGGUUCGUACCCUAGCCAACGCAUGGGUGACCUAUCUUCAUGUGAGGUAACACUGCUGAACCAGCUAAAUGAGCGCCGUGACAGCACCACCAGCACCAUCAGCUCAGCUUACACCUUGAGUCGGCGUUCCUCCGGUAUUUCACCCUGUUAUUCCAGCCGUCGCUCCAGUGAGGCAUCUCAGUUUGGUGCUAACCGCCACAACAAUAUCAGUUCAGCUGACUCCUAUGACCCAAUCUCCACUGAUUUGUCUCGCCGCUCCAGUGAAGCCAGCCAUUGUGGGGUGGGGGGGUAAGUGGAGGUGGCGGAGGAGGCCUUCCAAGUCUCCUCAGUCUUACGCCAGCUCAGCAUUAUCGGCUCAAGGCAAAGUACGCUGCUGCCAUUGGCGGAGCUCCACCUACUCCUCUUCCCAAUAUGG